AUGCCUCGUCAGUUGUCUGAAGUUGAAAAGGCUCAAAUUGUAUCAAGAAUCGAAGAAGGAUGGUCAAUCCGUGCUGUAGCGCAGUUGUAUAAUAGAAAUAAAAAAACCAUAUUGAAAAUUAAGCAACGCUGGGAACAGGAAGGUUCCCUAAAGAGGAAAAUUGGUUCAGGUCAUCCCAAACUUACCAACCCUGAACAGGAUGCUGCUUUUUUGGGAUAUUUAAGAAAUAAUCCAUUUGCAACUGUAAGGGAUGCUGUUAUUGAUACAGCAUUUCCUGCCUCCCAACCUACCGCCAGCAGGAGAGUAAUGAAAUCUGAACUAAAAUGUCACCCUGCUGCGAAAAAAAUGUUUCUUAACGAAGAACGGCGACAAUCAAGGAUUAUUUUUGCUUUAAAUUAUAUAUACCGCAAUCCUCAAUUUUGGAACAGGGUCAUUUUUACUGAUGAAAAGACGUUCCAGUCGACUUAUAACGGCCAAAUUCGUGUUUACCGUCCAAACAAUACCAGGUUUGAAGAGCGAUAUACUAACCCCCUCAAUUCUAGACCUGGGCGUUUCUCUGUAAAUGUAUGGGGCUGGAUAAGUGUUCAUGGACCUGGUGUUUGCUGGCGAAUAGAGGGAAGAUUUAAUGCCGGAAAUUACAUUAACAUUUUAGAAAACAUAUUGUUACCAAGUGCUGAGCAAAUAUAUCCCAAUAAUACGUUCAUAUUUCAACAAGAUAAUUGUCCAGUUCAUACGGCCAAUGCUGUAACCCACUGGUUUCAAACCCAUAAUGUGGAAGUGCUGCCUUGGGUCGCUUAUAGUCCCGAUAUCAAUCCAAUCGAAAAUAUUUGGGGUAUAAUCGUAAAAAAAAUAUAUAAUCGAAAUUUUAGGCCACAAAAUUCAGAAGAUUUAUGGGAAAUAAUACAUGCGUGCUGGGAAGAGCUUGAUUCAAAUAUUGUAUCAAAUAUAAUUCAGUCAAUUCCGAAUAGACUGGCUCAAGUAAUAGAAAAACAGGGAUAUAUGACCAAAUAUUAG